AUGCCUAAGCUCGCUGCUGCCCGUUAUGGAAAGGACAACAUCCGUGUGUGCAAGGUGGAAAGGGACGAAGCGACGAAAACUCACAUCGUGGUCGAAAUGACUGUCUGUGUACUCCUAGAAGGCGAGAUUGAGACAUCCUAUACCGAAGCAGACAAUAGCGUUGUAGUCGCUACAGACACCAUGAAGAACACCACCUACAUCGUGGCCAAGCAGAACCCAGUCACGCCACCAGAGCUCUUCGCCUCUAUCCUUGGAACACACUUCAUCGAAACCUACAAGCACAUCCAUACUGCCCAUAUCAAAGUCACCAUCCAUAAGUGGACAAGAAUGAUAAUUGAUGGCAAGCCACAUCCCCAUUCCUUCUUCCGCGACGGUGACGAGACGAGAAUAGUCGAGGCGGACGUCAUCGAAGGAAAGGGCAUUGAGAUUCGAUCCGCAAUCUCGGGCUUGUUAGUGUUGAAGAGUACCGGAUCCCAGUUCCACAGCUUCGUGCGCAAUGAUUUCACCACCUUGCCUGACGUGUAUGAUCGGAUCCUCAGCACGUCGGUCGAUGCUGGUUGGACAUGGAAGACGCUGUCGAGCGUGGACGAGGUCGAGACAGAGGUCGAGAAAUUUGAUGAAACGUGGACCAAGGCCCGCGAUAUCACUAUAAAGACGUUCGCGGAAGACUCAAGCGCUAGUGUGCAGAACACCAUGUACAAGAUGGGCGAGCAAAUCCUAGCGGCUGCUUCAUCUGUUGAGGCUGUGGAUUAUUCCCUCCCCAACAAACACUACUUCGAGAUCGAUUUGAGCUGGCAUCAUGGUCUGAAGAACACAGGUGAGGAUGCAGAGGUGUAUGCGCCACAAUCAAAUCCCAAUGGUUUGAUCAAGUGUACGGUAACAAGGUAA